AUGGGAAAUAAACAUAAUCAUAUCGGCGAAACUUAUUUUUUGGAUUCCCUGGAAUCUGAACAGUCUAGUUAUGAAGAGUCUACUGAUGACGAGAUUAGUGACGAUGAAGAUUUAGAGAAUCUUGAUGAUGAAAAUUUGUAUCCAAAUGGUCGAUUUGAAACUGAACAAGUUCGGGCAGUUGCGUUAAAUAGGAAGUUGAAUGCACCUCCAUUGCCAACACCCGACAAUUCCAGAAUUGAAGAAGAUGUGGAUUAUCCUGAUGAUGGUGACGACGAUUUACAUGAUCAAGAUAUGCCUGUUGCUAGUUCAACCCAGUUAGACAAUAUUGAUCCUUUGCUUUUCACUAACCGUGCUUCUUCUUCUUCAGUUCCCAAACUUACUUUUAAUCAGUUGUUAGAAAAACGUCGUGAACAGAAAAAAGGAUUGUCUUCUAAAGUAGUUGGAUCUGAAAUUUUAUCGAAUGGCUCUGUAUCUUUAGCAGAUGAUUUGAAUCAAGCUCCAAUGACUCCUGAUUAUACUUAUGAUUAUGAACCUGGUGGUGAUGAAUAUGAAGCUGGUUGUGAUGGUUCUGAAGAAGGUGGUGAAGAUGAUGAAGGUGGUGGUGCUGAUAUAAUGAGUC